UUGAAAAUUAUUUAUCAGGGGUUAGUUUAUCGCUAUGACGUGGAAAAAAUGUUUUUUAUUGCAGAUGCCCCGAAGAAAAAGUUCGGAAUCGUCUCCUCAGUGAUCCAAUUAUCAAAUCAAGUAAUAUUUACUCAACAAAAAUGAAAGUUUUUCGAUUUGAUGGAUCGAGAAGAGUUCGAAUCAAAUGUUCGAUUGAUGUUUGUGUUGAAUCUUGUCCACCGGUACGUGUUUUAUAAUACAAAAAAUUCAAAUUUUAAUUUUCAAAAAAAAUCAAGUUUUCCUAUCUCUUCCACUAACAAAAACAUGAGAAAUCUAUGCCCGUCGAAAAAAAAAAUUACCAAAAUGUUGAAUAGUUCAGUGUAGAAACAGAAAUGGAGUUAGCAGAACUGAAUGGUACAUGAAAAAUUCACAUUUUCUGAUUUUCAGCUUGAAAUAUUGAUGGAUUGGAUUUCAAUGUCAAGAACGUGGAAAACUUGGGGGAUUUUGGAUAUCUCAAAGAUUUUGAUUGGGAUUUUCGAAUGUUCGAUGAUUUUUGUGUCAUUUGAGAAAUAG